AAUUGUGUAUUAGCAUGUACGUUUGCAUGUAUGUUUUGAUUGUCCAUGAAAAUUAGUUUUGCUUGGCUUUUGGUGAUUUGAGUAAUAUGUUUAACAUGUUGAAAACACUCGAAAAUUGAUCUUAUUUCCUCGAAACAAUGCCUACAUUAAGACAGAAGGUGACAACAUAUUUUAGGCAAUUAAGUUUCAUAGCGGAGCGUGACGAUCGAAUUCAAUCAACAAAGGUUUCUGAUGGGUCUUUUAUAACACGGUACCUCGAUGGAACAUGGAAACCCCCAGAUUCAAUACCAAAAAUAUUGUGUGGAAAAGAUCCACUUGAUGUGCCUGAGCACAACAUAGGAAAAUAUAAAACUGGUCCCGAUACUGUCACGGCAUCUUACACUGGACCUAAUGAGGGAUUAACAGGAGUUCGAAGAAUGCGGGUACACCUGAGCGCUGGACCAGAAAUCGAUUUCAUUGACAACCUCCACGAACAUGACAUCCAAAGUGAAACGACCAUGAGCAAAAAAAACAGCAUUGCUGUUAGAACUACAUUUAAGAUAGACCCAAAUGCCAACAAACGGUCAAGUAAUCGCAAAGAAGCAUUGAAAUUACAGAAUAUCGAACAAGAAAGUAAGAGUGAAAAUUGCAUUACCCAUAAGAAAAAAGAGCUUGUACUAAAUAAUCAAACAAUAGAUAAUUUCAAUGAUAACACAAUCAUACGAGGUACACCAGAUGACGCCCUGCCAGAUCCGAUAGCGAAUGUAAGAAACUGGAAUCAACCAAAUGAUCACGCUUAUGGUAUUUCGAUAUCAUUAUAUGAAAAAAAUGUUAUUAGUGGCGAUAUGAUUGGAAAUCCGGUGGCAGACUGUUUUGGAAUUAUUGCACGAGAUAAUUGUUGCAUUAUGGCUAUGGCAGAUGGUGUAAACUGGGGGGAAGGAGCCCGUCUCGCAGCACGAUGUGCGAUUCAGGGAUCAAUAGAUUAUCUAAAUUCUGCUAUUUUUGGAAUACAUCUUACUUCUUCCACGAAGGACAUUUUCGUCAGUCUAGUUCGAAGUUUUUGGGAGGCGCACUCGUAUAUUUUGGAAGCUGGUGGGGCUCUGACGACUCUUACAGUGCUUGUGGUGCUACCUUCAGCAGAUGAAUCGAAUAAAUACCUAGUUUGUUGCUGCAAUGUCGGCGAUUCUCUUGGUUAUGUAUAUUCACAGGUUCAUGGAGUAAGAGAGAUAACAGAAGCAUCCCACGAUGUGACAACUAUGCGCGACAUGCGAGACGCACUAGGUGCGUUGGGACCGGUGAAUAAUGAUAAACCAGAACUGUCUAAUCUAACACUUUCUUUAACCGUGGCUGAAAAAGGUGAUAUAGUGUUCCUUACCUCCGAUGGUGUUAGUGAUAACUUUGACCCAGUUGUUGGAAAGUUUGCUGAACCAUUGUCAUCUAAUAAAGUUCAACCACUAAAUCCUGUGAACCCUACGCCUAAUCAUCCAGGUCAAUCUCGUUUAGCUCCUAAGAGACAAAACAAAAGUUCAAGCAGUAUUAUUACAAAAAGACGAGAAUCUAUAGAUCCCAAUGUGAAACCAGGGUUAUCGAAGCCUCCUACAGGAUACGUUCAGCAACAACCAGCCAGGCGUCCGAACUCGGUAGCCACAUCAACAGAAAGAAGUGGUCCGAUUUAUAUGCGUUCGAAAACUUUUAUUGAACCCAGAUUGCGUUCGAACCUUCAGGAGAACAAUAAAUCCAAAUUACCGCAAGUAACUGGAGUGCAAAGACAUCAACUAACAUUGCUUCGAAUGGCUGAUUUGUUGAUGUAUGGUAUUAAUGGCUCUCUGAGGCCAUGCAGUUCUGCCAAACAACUGUGCCAGCUAUUGAUCGAUUUUGUAACCUGUAUAACCGCAGCUAAAAGGAAAUUGUUGGAACAGCGUGAACUAUAUUAUAAAGUAGUUACUGACAGGGAUGGUAGCCGGAAAGAGGUAGAAUUUACAAAACAACAACAGAAGAUAGCACGUAAACGUAUGAUAGAAGGUAUUACAUUCUCUUCUUUACCUGGCAAGCUUGAUCAUGCCUCUAUUGUCGCGUUCACUAUUGGUGUCGAACGUACGUUUCACCAAACUAGCUUAUAAUAAACUCAUUAUUCUAUAACAUCGACAUUACUGAAUCUUGAA